AAGAGAGAGGGGUCUCCACAUGCCCUGUGUCCUAAAGGCGGAUGGGCCGGAGGCGGUCGCACAAAGGGAGUCCCGGGAGGCCGCUCCAGCUCUGGCCAACCACAGAGACGCGGCUCCCACCGGCCCGGGGCUGGGAGUGCCUCAGCCGCGUCACUGUUCUGGACCCAGCCGGAUUACCCGCUGCCCUCUCACAACCAUAAUCUUGACUAUGCUCCACCCCAAGCCCUGAAGGUUACAAAACGGCUUUCCAUUGGCCGGCUAUUGUGAUUCCCGCCCCUGCCCAACGAUGUAGACGCUGUCAUCGCCUCCACUUUACAGAGAUAGGAAAGCUGAGGCCCAGAGAAGCGAGGUGACCGUCCGUCCAAAGGCCACGCGCACUUAAGAGUCCACAACAUACAAGUCAGUGCGAUGACAGACCCUGUGUUGGACUCCCAGUCAGCCAACACAACUGGGGAGAUGAAUGGACUAUGCCCUGAGCUACUGCUCGUCCCCCCACCCCUCUCUAACCCUGAAAUCCUGGAGCCCAUCCAGAGCCCCUGUCCUUCUGGAAACUCCACACCUUUGCCUGCUGACCCAGGCUGCCUGCUGGUAGAGGCCACAGCAACUGAAGAGGACACAGGGAACAUGGAGAUCAUUGUGGAGGCAGUAGCUGGAAACCUGUCCCCAAGUGCUCCUGGAGAGACCUCAGGUGUCCUGGUAAAGGUGGUGGAGGUAUACUUCUGUGAGCGCUGUGAGCAAAGCUUUGCAGAGCCCACUCUGCUGGCCCUGCACCAGUGCACUGAGACCCUUAUACAGCCUGUGCAGGGCCUUUCUAGCUCCCCAAGUUCUGUAGAGCUGCCCCCCAGCAACCUCACAGUCUCUGGCCCUCUACAGGGCCAGAGCCCACCAGAUAGCACCCUGCCAUGCCCUGUGUGUAGACAAGAAUUUGCUCAACCCCAGGCCCUGAAGAGCCACUUCAAGAUUCACCGGGGCACUCCUGGCACCUUCUCCUGCCCAGAGUCUGGCUGUGUGUUCUCCGCUGAAGAUCGCAAGGGUCUGCAGCACCACCUGAGGCAGACCCACAGAGCCGUUCCUGUGCCCUGUUCUUUCCGGGGCUGCCCCCUGCUCUUUGGGAGUCAGCAGGGCAUGGAGCUGCACCGGCAGACCCAUUACCCUUUCCACUGCAACCACUGCAGCUUCAUGGGCUCCAACAUCAAACUCUUCCGGCAGCAUCAACGGAGCCACGGGCCCAGGACGCAGGGAGAACUGUCUGCUGUGCCAUGUCUUCCAGCCCAGGAGCUGCUGCCAGCUCCCAAACUGCCAGGGGAGGAAGAGUCUUCAGAGGAAGCAGGUACGUCCUUGCCUGGGCAGGAACCAGCUGAAGAGGAGGAUGUAGAGGAAGAAGAGGGUGGCACCCUGAAGGACCCCCAGAGAGUCUUGGAGAAAGGCCAGGGCAGGUCUCAGCAGUUGGAAGGGGAUGUGGCUUCUGGCCCGGAGUCCCUCUUCAAGACCCACAUGUGUCCAGAAUGCAAGCGCUGCUUUAAGAAGCGGACCCAUCUGGUAGAGCACCUACAUCUCCACUUCCCAGACCCCAGCCUCCAGUGCCCCAACUGCCAGAAGUUCUUCACCAGUAAGAGCAAGCUCAAGACCCAUCUGCUGCGAGAGCUGGGCCAGAAGGCCCACCGCUGCCCACUGUGCCACUACAGUGCAGUGGAGAGGAAUGCACUCAACCGCCAUAUGGCCAGCAUGCACGAAGACAUCUCCAACUUCUACUCAGACACCUAUGCCUGUCCUGUGUGCCAUGAGGAAUUCCGCCUCAGCCAGGCCCUUAAGGAACACCUCAAGAGCCACACGGCUGCGGCUGCAGCAGAGCCAUUGUCCCUGCGCUGUUUCCAGGAAGGCUGCAGCUAUGCCACACCUGACCGCAAGGCCUUUGUAAAGCACCUGAAGGAGACCCAUGGGGUGCGGGCUGUGGAGUGCCGCCAUCACUCGUGUCCCAUGCUCUUUGCCACAGCAGAAGCCAUGGAGGCUCACCACAAGAGCCACUAUGCCUUCCACUGCCCCCACUGUGACUUCGCCUGCUCCAACAAGCACCUGUUUCGCAAGCACAAGAAGCAGGGCCACCCCGGCAGUGAAGAGCUGCGCUGCACCUUCUGCCCUUUCAUCACCUUCAACCCUGUGGCCUACCAGGACCAUGUGGGCAAGAUGCAUGCUCAUGAGAAGAUCCACCAGUGCCCUGAGUGCAGCUUUGCCACCGCCCACAAGAGGGUGCUCAUCCGACACAUGCUGCUACACACCGGUGAGAAACCUCACAAGUGUGAGCUGUGCGACUUCACGUGCCGAGACGUGAGCUACCUAUCCAAGCACAUGCUGACCCACUCCAGCACCAAGGAUUACAUGUGCACCGAGUGUGGCUAUGUCACCAAGUGGAAGCACUACCUCAGUGUGCACAUGCGAAAACACGCAGGGGACCUCAGAUACCAGUGCAACCAGUGCUCUUAUCGCUGCCACCGGGCUGAUCAGCUGAGUAGCCACAAGCUGCGGCAUCAGGGCAAGUCCCUGAUGUGUGAGGUGUGUGCCUUUGCUUGCAAGCGGAAGUACGAGCUGCAGAAGCACAUGGCUUCUCAGCACCACCCUGGCUCGCCGGCCCCACUCUACCCCUGUCGCUACUGUAGCUACCAGAGCCGCCAUAAGCAGGCCCUGCUGAGCCACGAGAACUGCAAACACACCCAUCUUCGGGAGUUCCGCUGCGCUCUCUGCGAUUACCGCACCUUCAGCAAUACCACUCUCUUCUUCCACAAGCGCAAGGCCCAUGGCUAUGUGCCUGGGGACCAGGUCUGGCAGCUCCGCCAUGGCAGCCAGGUGCCAGAGGGGGCCAGGCAGUGCCCGACACCCCCACCAGACUCAGAACCCUCAAGCCAUCUGUCUGCCCAGCCUGAAGGGUCAGACCACGACCCUGGGACUAGAGUGGAUCCCAGUUUGGACCAGGGCCUGCCAGAGACCUGUGAGGACAGCGCUGGAAGAGAGGAUGGCAGUGAGGUUCCCCAGGGGGUUGGCCUGGUUGGCAGCCCCAGGCCAGCAGAAGUAGAUGAGGGCGGCUGCACUCUACACCUCGAGGCCCUGGGUGUAGAGCUGGAACCAGUGGCUGAGCAACCUCUUGAGACUGCUGAAGCAGCCCCUGUGGAGUUCAGGCCCCUGGAUGCUUCAGGUCCCCUGAGACUGCAAGGGCCAGAUGGACCUUUGGCAGAACUGUCUACCUUUGAAGGUGCUGGGACUUCUGGCCUGAGUACUGAAGAAGAGCCCAUUCUGGAAAAGCCUGUUCCUGAGACCCUCAGAAAUCCCCCUUCCUCAGAGGACCCCCCUAACAAGUUGGAGGGAACUGUCAAGGCAACUCCAUCCACUGAGACAGCACCCCUGCUCCAAUUCCCUGAGUCAGAGUCUUUACUCAAGGCCCUAAGGAGGCAGGACAAAGAACAGGCUGAGGCGCUAGUACUGGAAGGGCGGGUUCAGAUGGUAGUGAUACAGGGAGAGGGGCGGGCCUUCAGCUGCCCACACUGCCCUUUCAUUACCCGCCGGGAGAAGGCCUUGAGCCUGCACUCCAGGACUGGGUGCCAGGGCCACCAGGGGCCCCUGCUGUGCCCCGAAUGUGGGGCUGGCUUCAAGCAACAGCGUGGCCUUAGCACCCACCUGCUGAAGAAGUGCCCUGUUCUGCUCAGAAAGAACAAGGUCUUGUCCAGGUCAGAUUCCUCUGUCCAUCUGUAUCCUCUUCCCCCAGGCAGCCAGGCCGCAGAAGAUGCCAAAGGGGGUAAGCCCUCACCUACCCCAUUAGAAGUAGAGCUAGUGCUCCCAAAAGAUGCUCCUUCUGAGCUUCCUAGGGAGCCAGAAGAAAUAGAGGAGCCUCUUGCCACACUCUCUGGCUCCUCAGUCCCUCCUUCAGGAAACUCCUUACCCACAGAGACCCCUGAAAAGUUCCACUUUGAGCAGGGCAAGUUUCACUGCAACUCGUGCAUGUUCCUUUGUUCCCGGCUCUCCUCCAUUACCUCUCAUGUGGCUGAAGGCUGCCGGGGGGCACGUAGUGUGGGGGUAAAGCGAGGGGCUUCUCAGACCCAGCCUGUUCCAUCCCUGCAGAGCAGUGUGGACUCUGCCCCCCUAAACAACGGGAAUACGGAGUGCAGCCCUGGUGAUGGGGUCACAGCUCUGGUUCCAAAGCAGAAGGGGGCUCGCUUCUCCUGCCCGACAUGUCCCUUUAGCUGCCAGCAGGAACGUGCCCUGAGGACUCACCAGACCCGUGGCUGCCCCCUUGAAGAGUCUGGAGAGCUGCACUGUGGCCUCUGCCCAUUCACCGCCUCUGUGGCUGCUGCCCUGAGGCUCCACCAGAAGCGGAGGCACUCCACCAUAGCCCCAGCCCGAGGCCCCCGACCUCCCCUUCAGUGUGGGGAUUGUGGCUUCACCUGUAAACAGAACCGGUGCCUACAGCAGCACCGGCGACUCAAGCACGAGGGAGUGAAGCCACAUCAGUGCCCUUUCUGUGACUUUUCCACCACCAGACGGUAUCGGUUGGAGGCUCAUCAGUCCCGACAUACAGGUGUUGGCCGCAUUCCCUGUAGCUCCUGUCCUCAGACAUUUGGUACCAACUCCAAACUGCGCUUGCACCAGCUCAGGGUACAUGACAAAACACCCACCCACUUCUGUCCACUCUGUGACUACAGUGGUUACCUUCGUCACGACAUCACUCGCCAUGUCAACAGCUGCCACCAGGGUACGCCAGCCUUUGCCUGUCCCCAGUGUGAGGCCCAGUUCAGCUCAGAGACAGCACUCAAGCAGCAUGCUCUGCGUCGGCACCCUGCGCCUACACCCCCAGCCCCUGGCUCUCCUGUGGAGGCCACUGAGAGCCCCUUGCACUGCUCCCACUGUGGGCUGCUGUGUGCCAGCCCUGCGAGCCUGCGAGGACACACCCGUAAACAGCACCCACGCCUCGAGUGUGGGGCCUGCCAGGAGGCCUUCCCUAGCCGGCCAGCCCUGGACGAGCACCGGAGGCAGCAGCAUUUCAGCCACCGCUGCCAGCUCUGUGACUUUGCUGCCCGGGAGCGGGUGGGCCUGGUGAAGCACUACUUGGAGCAGCAUGAGGGGGCUUCAGCAGUGGCAGCAACCUCACACAAGGAUGGGGGUGCCGGCCAGCCCCCUUUGCACUGCCCUUUUUGUGACUUUGCAUGCCACCAUCAGCUGGUGCUGGAUCACCAUGUGAAGGGGCAUGGGGGCACCCGGCUCUACAAGUGUACUGAUUGUGCUUACAGUACCAAGAACCGGCAGAAGAUCACCUGGCACAGCCGCAUCCACACGGGGGAAAAGCCCUACCGUUGUCACCUCUGUCCUUACGCUUGUGCUGACCCCUCUCGCCUCAAGUACCAUAUGCGGAUCCAUAAGGAGGAACGGAAGUAUCUGUGCCCUGACUGUGGCUACAAGUGCAAGUGGGUGAACCAGCUCAAGUACCACAUGACCAAGCACACAGGACUGAAGCCAUACCAGUGUUCUGAGUGUGAGUACUGCACCAACCGGGCUGAUGCCCUGCGUGUGCACCAGGAGACGCGGCACCGGGAAGCACGGACCUUCAUGUGUGAGCAGUGUGGCAAGGCCUUCAAGACACGCUUCCUGCUGCGCACUCACCUCCGCAAGCACAGUGAGGCCAAGCCCUACGUGUGCAACGUGUGCCACCGUGCUUUCCGCUGGGCUGCCGGCCUGCGCCAUCACGCCCUCACCCACACCGACCGCCACCCCUUCUUCUGCCGCCUCUGCAGCUACAAGGCCAAGCAGAAAUUCCAGGUGGUCAAGCACGUGCGCCGGCACCACCCUGACCAAGCUGACCCAAAUCAAGGUGUGGGCAAAGACCCCAGCACCCCGACAGUGCAUCUGCACGACGUGCAGUUGGAGGAGCUCAGCCCUCCCACUCGUGUUGCUCCCCAAACUGGACCUGAGGGCUGAGAGCCUCCCACGCCUCCCACAAACGAGGCACAGACUGGGACCAGAGCUAGCCUGAGGAGUUCAGGGCCUGGGAAGAGCUGCCUUUGGGGUAUCAGGGUGGCUGGAAUCCCCCUGGGACUCUGGCUAUAGUACUUUGAAAUUUAGAGUAUAUAAAAGAGAAAUGUGGACCACAAUUGAGUUCUUGUUGAGGCACAGUUUUUAACCUGUGAGUUCCUAGUGUUCUUCACCACCACUCUGACUCCCUGCUGUAAGAUCUUGGUUUUACCCAUUCUGUCUUCUCUUUCCCUCCUAUCAAGUCCUGUUUUCUUCAUCAUCCUUGAAACAGUUGUAUCUAACUGCAUGUGCUGUUGUGUCUAAUGCUCUAUAAAGCAUGUUAAAUAGAUGA